AUGCACGUCCCCUCAGAGGCCGUCGGUGAGGUGGACAAAUCCGUGGUUCUGCCGUGCAAUUUCACUCAUCCCCACAAGAUGUACGACAAGGCCCUGACCGCCAUUUGGCGUGUGAGGGAGCCCUUCGACGGGCCGGUGGUGUUCAAAUGCAUCACCCAAAGCUCAAGCGAUCUCUGCCAGGUCACGGUGAGCUUGAAGAGCCGAUACAAACUUCUGGGCAACCCUAGGCACAACAACCUCUCGCUCCAAAUCGAGAACCUGAACUGGAACGAUACCAACCGAUACUUCUGCCGGGUUGAGUUCUCGGGAGACGUCCAUGACAGAUACGAGAGCCGGAGGGGGAUCCAACUCCGCCUCGUAGCUGCUCCCAGGAUUAUAAAUAUCUCUGUCCAAGCUGGGCAAGAUAAUGACUUCCAUGCCAAGUGCACAGCUGAAGGCGAACCGCUGCCCAUCCUGAUGUGGGCUGGCCCCCUGUCUGGAAAUGCCACCUCUGUGUCCAGCACAGGCCACCAAGUCACCAAGGAGCUUCAGCACCUGUCUCAUGAUGGGAAAUACACCUGUGUGGCCACCAACAGCCACGGCAAAGCAGAAGGGACCGUCUACUUCUACAAGUUCAAAGCCGGAAGUGGGUCCUGGGUUAUGAUUCUAUUGUACGUAGCUUUGGGGGUCAAGUUCGUGGCCCUCCUGGUGAUCUUAGGGAUCGGGGCCUUUUGCAAGGGAGAUAACUUAAUGGUUCCAACCAGCUUUUCACGGUAA